CUCGGGCUCCUUUCUCCCAGAUCGAGGCUGCUCUCUCUCUCUCUUCUCUCUCUCUCUCGCUCUCUCCCUCUCUGUGUUUCUGCCUGUGUCUCAUUUCCACUCGAGCUAGCCGAGGGUCCCUUAGGGUCGAAGGUUCUGCCCUGCCUGAUCCAACCUCAACCUUCCAGCCUCCCAAAUCGGCAUUCAUUCUCCAUGGAUCGGCGUCUCUAACAACGGAGAGGGCAACCCUGGGACACAUUACAGCCACAGGAAAGAUUGUGGCGUGGUUUUGAAGCUGGUCGUCCUUUUUAGUUUCUGAAUUGGGAUUCUGAACUAUGCCUGCUGCAGUAAUUUGUCCUGGAUACUUGUGAAUUGCUCAUGUCCAAAAGACGGAAGGAUGGCUCAUGGCAUUCCAUCCCAGGGCAAAGUUACCAUCAGCGUGGAUGAGUACAGCGCCAACCCUACCCAGGCCUUUACCCACUACAACAUCAACCAGAGCCGAUUCCAGCCCCCUCAUGUGCACAUGGUGGACCCGACCCCAUACGACACUCCGAAACCUGCAGGCCACACACGCUUCGUCUGUGUCUCUGACACACACUCCCGAACAGAUGGCGUCCAGAUGCCGUAUGGGGAUGUCCUCCUUCACACAGGCGAUUUGACUGAGCUGGGACUGCCCUCCGAGGUUAAGAAGUUUAACGACUGGUUAGGAAGCCUUCCUUACGAAUUCAAAAUAGUAAUUGCUGGAAACCAUGAGCUGACGUUUGAUAAGGAGUUCAUGUCGGAGCUGGUGAAGCAGGAUUACUACCGCUUUCCGUCUGUCUCCAAGUUGAAACCAGAGGAUUUUGACAAUGUUCAGUCACUCCUGUCGAACUGUUUAUAUCUGCAAGACUCUGAGGUGACAGUGAAAGGAUUUCGAAUAUACGGGGCACCUUGGACGCCUUGGUUCAAUGGUUGGGGUUUUAAUCUUCCGAGAGGUCAGUCUCUAUUGGACAAAUGGAACCUCAUUCCAGAGGGCAUUGAUAUCCUCAUGACCCACGGACCUCCACUUGGUUUCCGAGACUGGGUUCCAAAGGAAUUACAGAGGGUCGGCUGUGUGGAGCUCUUGAACACUGUGCAGAGGCGGGUGAGGCCCAAGCUCCAUGUGUUCGGAGGCAUCCAUGAAGGUUAUGGGAUAAUGACAGACGGUUAUACAACAUAUAUAAAUGCUUCAACCUGUACAGUCAGUUUUCAGCCAACCAAUCCACCCAUCAUAUUCGACCUCCCAAACCCACAAGGACCCUGAGGCACUAACCCACAUCAGGGAGCGUCUAGAAACUACCAGUUUUUUUCUAAAAAAAAAUAAGUCCAAUGAAUCUUACUAAAUGUUUCUUUCCAAAUUAUUUGGUAUUUUGUAAACUGCUGGUACAAUUUUAAAUAUUAUUUAAAAAAAAAAAAAAAAAAAAAAAAAAGGAUAAAUGUCAUGCUGUUGAAAAAUGGAUUGGCUCUUUAAAAUGAAGCUUUGUGAAUUUGUAUACCUACCAUAUAUAUUUUAUUUGCAUUUAGCUAGAUAAAUUGUUAAAUGCAGUUGUAAUAUGUUAACUACCCCUUACAGGACAAUUUGGCUUUCAUUUGGAGGCGAAGAACACUGCCUUAAACCAGCUGUACAUUAAACAUGAAUUCCCUGUCCUUGUAGUAAAAUACUUUUUAAAGUCUUGCUAUUUAUUUAUUACCAGAUGAAUCAGAAAUGAAUUAGAAAUGAACUUGUUCUUCAAGUAAAACUCAAAGCGCAAAGUUCAUAUCAAGAAGAAUAUGGAUGAUUAAUUUGUCUGUAAAUGGAUAACCUUAAUUAUACUAAACAUAGAGUAGCAUUGGAAGCUGAGAUGUGUUUUCGGUCACCACUGUGCUUCUCAAUCUAUUGUUUGUAUUUUGUCGUUCAGCUGUGACUCAUCUGAUUGCAGUUCCGCAGUUCAACAAAAUUACAACUUCUUUUGAGUUGCAAUUUAAAACCUCCUAUUUCCAUUUUGAGUCAACUGGCAUACUUACUGUACAACCUGACAGAAAACUAAUUGCUAAGCUUAAAUGCUUCUCUCUCUCUCUCUCUCUCUCUCUCUCUCUCUCUCUCUCUCUCUCUCUCUCUCUCUCUCUCU